AUGAAUCCAUUCCGUACUUUUCAAUCUCUCCGGCCCUCCGUGCGCCGCUCGAAAGCCCUUCUCGCACCCGCGACCCAUCUCCGAGCCCUCUCAACCCUCAACACACCCGAAGAGAUCGCAGAAUACCUCUCCAAACCCUCCUGGUCCGUCAAAGAAACGCUCUUCCCCUCCUCUCCACAAACGACUUCCACAUCCUCCACUACCACUCCAUCACCAGAGGAAGAAAUUACCCCCGCCAAGCUCCACCACCUCCUGAACCUCUCCGCGCUUCCCCUUCCCAAGACGCCCGAAGAAGAAGCCCGCCUCCUCGACGAUCUGGGCAGACAGCUAUCCUUCGUGCGGCAUGUGCAGACUGUGGACACGACUGGCGUGGAACCAAUGGUUGCGGUGAGAGAUGAGACCGAGGAGGGAAGGAGGGAGAGGACGGUGGGUUUGGAGGAUCCUGAGAUUCAGAGGGCGUUUAAGAUGGAGAAGAAGGUGGGGAGGCGCGGACGAGUGAAGACAGUGAAAGAGGAUGUGAAUGAUGAACCAAAGAGGGAUUGGGAUCCGUUGGAGAGGGCAAAUAGGGUUGUAGGAAAGUACAUCGCUGUUGAUACUGCGAGGGAUUGA